CAACACGAAGUGCCUUUACAUUCUACUCAGACGCAGCGUCCGUUGGCAGACAGUGGUCUUUCGACUCCGUGACAUAAUUCAGCCCUCUCUUGGGGACAGUUGUCUCUCGCGCAUAGGUGCACCACCACACAGAAAGGAUUUUGUUCCUCCGGAAUUUGGAAUUUUAUAAGAGGGUACUGCGAAGAAGUGCCGACUGCUUGUCAAUAACCACCAACAGUGGACUGUAAUACCGAGUUGCCGUGCAUGUGUGGAAGGGAUAUUUCAGACGGACAGAAGAUGCCUUCCGAUAUGAUGGAAAAAAACUCAUCCUCUCCGGUUGCUGCUACCCCUGCCAGCAUGAACACGACACCUGAUAAACCCAAGACGGCUUCCGAGCACAGGAAGUCAUCCAAACCUAUCAUGGAGAAAAGGAGAAGAGCCAGAAUCAACGAAAGCUUGGGACAGUUGAAAACACUUAUCCUGGACGCGCUCAAAAAAGAUAGCUCUAGACACUCAAAACUUGAAAAGGCAGACAUCCUGGAGAUGACGGUGAAACAUCUCCGGAACCUCCAGAGAGCGCAAAUGACUGCUGCGUUGAACACUGAUCCCACCGUGCUGGGGAAAUACAGAGCUGGGUUCAGCGAGUGCACGAAUGAAGUCACCCGGUUCCUAUCCACCUGCGAGGGGGUUAACACCGAGGUCAGGACGCGGCUUCUCGGUCACUUGGCCAGUUGCAUGACGCAGAUCAACGCUAUGAACUACCCCACACAGCACCAGAUUUCAGCCGGGCCUCCUCACCCCUCCUUCGGCCAGUCCAUGGUACAGAUGCCCAACUCAUCUCCGCAAGGCAACGUGAUGCCCCUGCCUUGUAAAGGUGGCUCUCCCCAGAGCAUGUCACCAGAAGCCACUAAAGUAUACGGCGGUUUCCAGCUCGUACCUGCCACAGACGGACAAUUCGCCUUCCUCAUCCCCAACGCAGCUUUUGCACCCAACGGUCCGGUUAUCCCGGUGUAUGCGAACCAGGUCAACACGCCUGUUCCAGCGGCAGUGUCCCCCGGUGCACCGACAGGCAACUCGGACUCAGUGUGGCGACCCUGGUAGAUAAAAAUAAAUAAAGACAUAUUGAAAAUACUUUUCUAAUGACACUCAGUUCGAUCAUUGUUCAAUGUUACAAAACAUUUGUUUUGAUUUUGUUUUUGUACUUUCAAUGCGUUAAGAUGAAAAGAUGCACUAUAUUUGUAUAGCUUAUGAGGGAGUGAAGUUCAUAUUGGAAUGAGAUUUGUAUGGUUGAAGUCUUUUCACUGCAUUUUAUAUUCGAGGUGUCUUUUGUACUGUGUGAUGCCAAAGAUAUGUUGAAUGCCCUUGACGUAAUUCUUCGUUUUGGAAGACAAAUAAAUUUGUAAAGAUA